AUGGCCACCAGUAGCCUAGUCUCAUGGCACUGUCUUCUUUUGAUCAUCUGCAUUGUUAUUGUGUCCGCCGCCGAGGUCAAGGUGGUAACAGACGAAACCACCGCUACCGUGAUCGCCAUGCCCACCUCACCACAUCCACCUUCUUAUACCUCGGAAACCGACUUCAAAUCCGCUGUUCUGCAAGCGAGUAAUGGCUAUAGGACGGUCCACGACGCAAGCCCACUAUCAUGGAACGAGGAGCUGGCGAAAUAUGCGAAGAACUGGGCCGAGAAGUGUAUCUGGGAACACUCGGGUGGCCCCUAUGGCGAGAACCUUGCAUUCGGGUACGCCAAUGCCUCCUCCGCUGUGGAUGCAUGGGGGAACGAGGGCGCCGACUAUAACUUCGAAAAGCCCACCGGCUUCACGGAGAAGACGGGCCAUUUUACGCAGUUGGUGUGGCGGUCUACGACGGAGGUUGGUUGUGCGGCCAUUGACUGCGGCUAUACGGAUGAAUCUAGCCAGAGUCGACGAGGACUUUUUCUGAAUGAUCGAGCUGCGGAUGGGACUUCUCACGCCCAGGGAUGGUAUGUUGUGUGCGAAUAUCAACCAGGAGGCAACGUCGUUGGCGAACACAAUGAGUUCUUUAGGAAGAAUGUUCGCGCGGCAAACUCUUCUAUGACCACCACCAGCCCCGGCACGCGGCCGACGGUCGUGGCCCUGCUGUUGUUGGGGACGGUGGGAAUCGGGUUUGGAUUAUAUGGAUGA